AUGUCCUCCGACGUUCCAAAGUCAAAGUCUGCCGUCUUCAGCGGCUACUUGAUGUCUCCAGACAAGUUCAAAGAAUUUGUCUAUAGUCUGCCCGUUGCACGGCCCUGGGAGGACGAGGAAUACUACGGCGAUCCCUAUGAGGCAAUUAUAGGUGAAUAUUCCUAUUGGCGCAGGCACGUUGACCCGAAGAAAAAGAAAUAUCUACCCAUGAUUAGAGCGCGCUUUGCUGAAAGCGGCGACGAGCCCGGCGUCACGCGCGACCGAAUAACCCAUCUGUUGUUCGCAACCCGUUAUGUACCCUAUAAAGGUCCUUCGCAGAUGAGCGUGUCACAUCCAAAUAGCUUGCCACUUCUGACCGAGACGGAGAGAGACCGCGCAUUGUUUAACGUGUUCAAACAGACUGGAGAGUGA